GUGUACUUGUACAUCUAGAUGUAUCUGUGAUUAAACAGAAGAAAAUGGCUGAAGUAAGCGAAGAUUGGCAGACGAAUCUUUCCACCUACCGGGCCCAACUUCAACAGGUGGAAGCGGCCUUGACAAACGAUCCUGAGAAUGAAGAACUCAUCAAACUCAAGGCAGAUUUACAGGAUGUCAUUGAACUGACACUAGACCUGAUUCAGGCUGGCCCAGGGGCAAAAAGUGAGGGGGAUGAGGUUGAGAAAGAAAUGACAGAAACCUCUUCAUGGGGUGUUGGAGACAACUGUCAAGCUCUGUACAGCGAGGAUGGCCUGUAUUACGAAGGCAAAAUAGAUGAAGUUCACAUGGACGGUACUGUUACUGUCACAUUUGAAGGGUAUGGGAACACAGAAAUUGUACAGAUAUCCAAGUUAAAACCGAGCGAGCAGGCCAGGGGAAGUAAACGGUCGGGAGACGAGGCUGACCUAAAUCCCAAACCCUUGUCAAAGAAAGAACUUUUAGCCAAGCGGCGGGAAUACAAAAAGCGCAAAACACAGAAGAAGUUGGAAAAACUGAAGCAGAUGGAACAGAAGCAUGAGGAGCAGAAAAACAGCUGGUUAAACUUCAGCAGCAAGGCUAUCAAGAGCAAGAAGGGAAUGACCAAGAAGAGUAUUUUUGCAUCCCCAGAGAGUUCCACAGGAAAAGUGGGCAUUGGAACGUGUGGUGUAGGGGGUGCCCCAAUGACGAAAUUUGACAGACCCAAACACAACGUAGUCAGAAAAUAGCACUCGGACACACUGUAAUUUCAGUGUUUCUUUCUCUGGAGAGGCAUUUGAUAAAUCUUUUCCUCCUUAUACUGGGAUGGCACUUUUGACCUUUUCCUCCCUCUUCGAGGGGUGGAGCAAGGAGUUUCUGGAGAUGGAGGAUGAACUCAAGACCAGGGGCCAUGACAAAAUAAUGCUGUUCUGUUCACAAGAAUCUCAUGGAUGGAAAUAUCAUAUCCUCAAGGUCCCACUUCGUCUAUUUUCAGUCUCAGGACUAAAAUUGAAUAAGAUGUGUUAAAACAUGUAAGACUUAGAUAAGGUUUCUUUUUUUUUUUGUCAGAUUGUAGCUCUAGAGUCAAACAUCAGUUUGUCAAAGCUAUUAUAAAAGUUGGGGUAUUUUGUGAACAUUGGUGGAAAGCUGGUGGCUUUGAAGGCCAGGAAAGGCUCUCUAAUUCUGUUUUGUUUACAUGUACUUGGUGAAUCAGUCUCUUGGUCUAAAAGGGACACUGGGAACUUCACGUCUAUUUCUGUAGCUCUUUCUGUAGUAUUGCC